GGGAAAACUUAGCGUCCUCUUAGAGUGACAGACAGAGUGAGUGGGAGCGAGAGAGGCAAGAAAAUGUUCAAGAAGGCGGUGGAGGCGAAAUCUCACCAGAGAUUGUCUGGUGCGGACAGGAAGAAGCUGAGACGAAGCAUCAAGGACAAAUUCCAAAGGGCUUCUGAUUCCGACUUGGACGCCUUGCUUCCUCCCAAGGCAGAGAUAACAGUGUCCAAGUUUCAAAACCGUGUCCAUGUAUAUUCCGUGGAAGGAGGCUUUCCAAUGUUUUUCGACGUUGAUGGCCGCGGCUCAGACAUUUUCCCAACAGUUUAUGCACUGUGGAUGGUCCCUGAGUUGCUGCCUGUUUUCGUGCUGAAGGGUGGUGAGGUUUCCCGGUUUGUUAUCGGUGGUGCAGACUUGAUGUUCCCUGGUAUAACUGUGCCUCCCGAAGGACUUCCUUCUUUUGUAGCAGGGGAACCUUGGGCCGUCAAAGUACCCGGAAAUCCUGCUCCCAUUGCGGUUGGGAGUACUACAAUGAGCAGUGCGGAAGCAUUAAAAGCGGGUUUACGUGGAAAGGCGCUAAGAAUAACUCAUUACUAUCGUGAUUUGCUUUGGGAAUCUGCUGAGGGCCGCCAUGUGCCUAAUGCAGGUUUUUUUGAAGAUGUUGUGUAUGAGGAUCCUUCUUUGUUACCAGCAUCUCAUGAUUCUGAUUUGACUGAGGUUGCUGGUGGUGAGACAUCAAAUGAUCAGCAGAAAAACCUAAAAGGCGAUGGAGCGGAGGAGUCUCAGGAUGUAAAUGAGUUACAACCUGACUCCACCUCCACAUUGACAGCACCAAAUGACAAUGAAGAUGAUACUGCAGCUGAAGUAACUGAAGGCGUAUCUGAUUUGAAGUUAACGGAUACUGCCACUGCUAGUGACCCUAAUGACCAGCAUACUCUAUCGACUGCAGACAUAGAUUCUCUGUUAGAUAAGUGCCUUCUGCAAGCCUUGCACACAACAGUGAAGGACAAAGACCUUCCCAUGCCUGGAAGCACUCUAUGGUCAAAUCAUGUAUUGCCAUGCAGGCCUUCAGGAAUUACUUUAGACAUCAAGAAAUCUUCCUACAAGAAGUUGUCAAAGUGGUUACAAGCAAAAUCCACGUCUGGCUGGAUAUCAGUAAAAGAAGAUAAACACAAAAAGGAAGUCAUGCUAUUUUCAGUAAACCGAAAUCAUGCUGAUUAUUCUUCGUUUAAGCCUGAAAAAAGGCGGGUGGAGAAGAGUGAGCAGCCCAGUGUUCAAUCUGCCAAUGAAAUUCAUUCGUCCAAAACUCUUGAAGUGGUUGAAAUCUACAAGCCAAGUGUACAUGUCAAUUCCAUAUUUUCAUCUGUGGGAGCUGACACAGGGAAACUUUUUAGUGCUUCUGAAGCUACCGAAAUUGUCUUCAAAUAUGUUGAAAAAGAAAAUCUUGUGAAACCAACUAAUAAAUCCAUUGUGAUUCUUGAUGCCAUAUUAUGUGAUGCACUGUUCAAGGGGGCUAUUAAAAAAGGAACAACAUAUCCUACAGAAAUUCACAAGAAAGAUUUAGGAUCAACAUUUGUGAGUCGUAUGCAGCCUCACCAUGUUGUCACCAGAGGAAAUGAAUCUGUAGUUCGUAAAGGUGCACUUAAAACAAUUCAGUUACUGACAGAACGUCGUCAAGGCAACAAGAAAGUAACCAAACUCUCUGGUAUGGAAACUUUUCUUAUAGAUGCUGAAGCGUUGGCAUCAGAACUGCAAAAGAAGUUUGCUUGCAGUACCACUGUUGCAGAACUACCAGGUAAGAAAGGGCAAGAAGUUUUGGUUCAAGGAGGAGUUAUUGAUGACCUAGCUAGGCAUUUGAUUGAACAAUAUGGAGUUCCUAAGAGAUACAUUGAAGUUCUUGAUAAAACCAAGAGAUGAGCUGCAUACAAUAGUUUUUAUGUAACGCAGCUGGGAGUGCUUUACUUGGAUGCCAAAAGAUGUAUGUUUUGUACUUUCCGUACUCAAGUUUAUUGGUUUGAGGUGAAUAUAAAAGAAGCGUGCUAAGAAUAGAAAUGGGCAAAACACAAAUGUUCUUUCCAAUUCAAACAAUUGCUGUCUUCAAGUUUAUUGUGAAACUCUGAAUGGAGGAGGCCACCAUUCAGAUCAACAAACUUGAUCAAUUGAGGCAGCAGAAUUCACACUUUUUUCACUACUUGAUAUGUAAGCUAUAGACUAAACUCUCUCUUUACUUUUUAGUCUGAGAUUGCAAGUGUCUGAUACUUAAUUUUACUUUAUAAAACCUU